UGCUCUGCUCUGCUCUGCAAUUCUCUGAAACUCACUCCAAUGGCAGACCCAGCUAUCUACGACUUCCUGAACCAACAACAACAACAAGCACCCACUUCCUCAAAACCCACAAGAAAGCCAACACAGUCACACUCAACCAGUAAUUCCUCUUCACGCUUAUUCCCAUGCCUUUACUGUCCUCGCAAGUUUUACACUUCCCAAGCUCUCGGUGGCCAUCAAAACGCUCACAAGCGUGAGCGAGCAGCUCAUCGCAGAAGCUACCCUUCUGACCGUGACCGCUUGCCUCGCCUCCAGACCGAGCCACCAUUCCAAGUUCAAGUUCCAGACCCAGUUGUUGCACCUUUUGUGGACCAGUUUUGGCUCGACCCUGUUCAGACCCAUCACCAGCAACAAGUCCAGUUUCAUCAGUACCGUGCUGCCUCAACUUCAUUUCCUCUCACUGGUCUUCAUGGAAAUGCAACCCCAGAUGAACCUCUCUCUCCAAGCUCUGAUGGCACUGACCAUGUAAACCUUGACCUCACUCUUCGUCUAUGAAUGUUCAUUUUUAACAAAUAUGAAGCUUUUUUU